AUGAACAUUAUUCCAUAUUUUCCUAAUCCUGGUUUUGAAAUAUUUGAUGGUAAAGACUUUCCUAGAUGGGGUGGAAAGAUGAAAUUCUUUUUAAGACGAUUAAAAUUGGCAUAUGUUCUUGAGAAACCUUGUCCUAACGCUCCUGGUUCUGAGGUAGCAGCGGACGAGGCUACUUUAAUUAAAGAACAAAUUGCCAAAUGGCAAGAUGAUGAUUACUUAUGCAAGAAUUAUAUUCUUGAAAGAAUGUCCAAUAAAUAUUAUAUUAAGUGCAAAUUUGCUAAGGAGAUUUGGGAUACUCUUAAAGCUAUUCAUUUAGUAGAAGCGGCGAGUUCAAAGAAAUUUCUUAUUUCAAAUUAUAUGGAGUUCAAAAUGGUUGAUGACCAGUCAAUCACUGAAUAUGUACAAGAAUUUCAACUUAUAGCUAAUAAAAUUGCUAUAUCUGGAAUUGAUCUUGAUGAAAACUUUCAUGCUGGUGCUAUUGUCUCAAAACUUCCUUUAUCUUGGAAAGAGUACAUAAGAGAACUUUUACACAAGAAAGAAGAUUUGACUCUUGAAGAGUUAUUGCAACACUUUCAAAUUGAACAAGAGAUAUGA